AGGCAGAAUUAGAACCCAGGUCCUGCUGACUCAGGUCCCGGGAACCUCAAUCAUCUGCUGUCGGAAAGAUGAAAGUCCUGCUGCUGAAGGAUCCCAAAGAGGAGGAUUCCGGCCCGGAUCCAUAUGUCACCGAACUGGAGCUGUGUGGGCUGGAAGCCACGCUGAUCCCCGUUCUGUCAUUCGAAUUUUUGUCCCUUCAUGAUUUCCGUGAAAAGCUGUCCCGCCCCGAAGACUACGGGGGACUCAUCUUCACCAGCCCCAGGGCCGUCGAAGCCGUGGGACUGUGCUGGGGACGGGGCCAGCCUCCCUCAGAGUGGGAACGAUCUCUGAAAGACCGGUGGAACACCAAGCCCGUAUACGUGGUGGGGCAGGCCACGGCUUCUCAAGCGGGGCAGAUGGGGUUCGCGCCGCAGGGAGAGCACUGUGGGAAUGCGGAGAAGCUGGCGGAGUUCAUUUGUUCACGAGAAGCGGCCGCCCCCAGCCCAGCCCCACUCCUGUUCCCGUGUGGGACCGUCAAGGGCGAAGCCCUGCCCGCCAUGCUGCGAAACCAAGGGGUGCCCCUGGAGAGCAUCACGGUGUACCAGAAGGCCCCCCGGCCCGGCCUGCAGGAAUCCCUGCGCAGCUACUUCUCCACGCAGGGCGUCCCGGCGAGCAUCACGUUUUUCAGUCCUUCCGGCCUCACCUACACCCUCCAACACCUCCGAGAGUUGGCGGGAGACGCCUUCCACCGGAUUAAGCUGGCCGCCAUCGGGCCCACCACCGCCAGAGCCAUGGCCGCGGCGGGCCUGCCCGUCGCCUGCUCCGCCCGCGCCCCGACCCCCCGGGACCUCGCCAGCGCCGUCCAGGAAGCCCUCCGUGCUUAGGGGGGCACCUCCGCCGGACCCCCCGCUCCCUCCUGACCUUCGACCUCGGCCGCCCACCGGCGCCCACCCGGGAGAGCCGAGUCCGGACGAAGAGA